UGUCGCUGUGACGUCACGGUGGUGAAGGUUCCUCAGUACAGAGAGAUGGUGGAGUUUAGCGGCAGUGUCACGCGCUGAGUGACGCAACUCGUGUUCCAGUGGGCGUGGUUUAGGUGUUGAUUGACAGGUGAGUGGGGGCGUGGCAGGAUGAGCGGGGUGGCGCUGGGUGUGGACGUGUUGGUGGCGUUGGUGUUGGCGUUGGUGCUGCUGCAUCGUUACGGCGACGUGAGGAAACAGCAGCGUGUGGUUCUGCUGGCCACGCUCCUCGCCUGGUUCCUCUGCUUCAUCAUCGCCUUCACCAUCCCUCUCGACGUCAGCACGACCAUCUAUAAUCAGUGUGUGACUGAUAACAACCAAGUGGUUACUACAACACCUAGUCACUCCAACCAGACGUCCAACUCUUCAGUGUUUCCCAUCCAGAGGUUACCUAAGGUGUGUCACAAACCAUGGAGUUACAUUCCAGAUGGGAUUCUGCCAGUGUUCUGGAGAGUGGUGUACUGGACGUCUCAGUUCCUCACAUGGCUUCUGAUCCCUUUCAUGCAGUCGUACGCUCGUUCUGGAGGAUUUUCCAUCUCAGGAAAAAUAAAAACUGCUUUGAUCGAGAACGCCAUCUACUACGGCACCUACCUGUUCAUCUUCUGCUCUCUGCUCAUCUACGUUGCCCUCAGUCCACAGUGGCACCUCUCUUGGUAUGACCUGAGGACCAUCGGUAUCACAGCAGCAAACACCUGGGGCUUAUUUCUACUAGUGCUGUUGCUAGGAUACGGCCUGGUAGAAAUCCCGCGCUCCUGUUGGCUGGCGUCAUGCCACGGUCACCUGCUGUCCAAAACCUACUUCAAAGCAGCAAAGCUGAUGACGGAAAAAACAGACGCAGAGGAAAACCUGGAGGAUGUAAUGGAGGACGUCAGAGCCGUUAACGAAACCAUCAGGUACAACCAUCCACUGAGAAAGUGUAUCGACACCAUCCUGAAGAAGUGUCCUGUAGAGUAUCAGGAGAGACUGGGGAGAAACAUGGAUGAUUACGAGGACUUUGAUGAGAAGAGGAAUCCAUAUCCAAGCAAGAAGAGUCUGGUCAAGCUCCAUAAACAGGUGAUCUACGCAGUACAGAGACACAACCGCACACAGGUACAGUGGCAGAUCUUAUUAGAUGAAGCGUUCCACCUGGAGGAUGUGGCUAAAAACGAGAUAAGCUCCACCCACCAGUUCGUCCACACCCAGCGCUCCGGCCAAUCAGACGGCUGCUUCAGGAGCUACAUCUACACACCCGCUGCAGAGUGGUAUUGGGAGUGUGUGUUGCGCAGGUGGUGUUACCGUGCGCUGUCCGUGGUGCUGUGUGUGCUGUCGGUGCUGGUGGUCUGGUCUGAAUGUACGUUCUUCAGCACGCAGCCCGUCCUGUCCGUCUUCGCCAUCUUCAUCCAGAUCGCCGAGAGGAAGUACAACUACAUCUACAUAGAGGUGUCGUGUUUCAUCACCAUCUUGUACCUGUGUUACUGCGUUUACUCCACGGUGUUCCGCAUCAGAGUGUUUAAUUAUUACUACCUACAACCACAUCACCAGACCGACGCCUACAGCCUGCAGUUCAGCGGCAUGUUGUUUUGUCGCCUCACACCUCCACUGUGUUUGAAUUUUCUGGGUGUGAUUCAUAUGGACUCCACCAUCUCACACCAGGACCGACAACAGACAUCAUACACAUCGAUCAUGGGAUCGAUGCGGGUUUUGUCCUUUAUUGCUAACGGGUUUUAUAUUUAUUACCCCAUGCUCAUCGUGCUGCUCUGCAUCGCCACCUACUUCAGUUUGGGAACGAGGUGUCUGAACCUGUUGGGUUUUCAGCAGUUUAUGGGUGACAGUGAUUUGACCUCUGACCUCGUGGAUGAAGGGAAAGAACUUAUUCGCAGAGAGAGGAGAAAGAGACAAAGAGCAGAGGACUCUGAGAACAGAAGAAGGGAGUGGAGAGAGAAGUAUGUACCCAGGAGUCGGAGUGCGUACUCAGAGAUCAGGGAGGGUGAGAGUCCUAGCAGACGAGGACAGAGUGAUCGGACUGAGCUCCUGCAGGAUGUCGAAGCGCUGGAUUUUAACGGAGAUGUCGAUACACAGGAAGUGGAGAACAGAAAGUACGGUUAUCUCUCCACCCCAGGGUCUCGCGCUCGCAUCUUCGACGACGUGUGAAAAAGUCUGAGGGAUCGUAGACUACCAUAUUGCACUACUUCACUUUCUGAAGAGACAUUGUGUGUGUGUGUGUGUGAGGGGUAGCUAAUGCAGAAGUAUAAAAUAAGCAGUUAUUACAUGACAGUGAGAAUGGGAAAUAUUUAGCUUGUGUGU